AUGAAUAAUAACAUGAGUGCACAACAGAGCCCGGCCAAUAUGCAAGCUGUAGAUAGAGACAAGAUAUACGCAUGGAUUUUGGAGCUGUGUAAUCCAGAAACACGUGAGAAUGCUCUUUUAGAACUGAGUAAAAAACGAGAAGUUGUGCCAGAUUUGGCUCCUAUGCUUUGGCAUAGUUUUGGUACAAUUGCAGCUCUUUUACAAGAAAUUACCAAUAUCUACGUGGCAAUGAUACCGCCAACUCUUACUGCUCAUCAAAGUAACAGGGUCUGCAAUGCUUUAGCUUUGAUGCAGUGUGUCGCAUCUCAUCCAGAAACAAGAUCGGCUUUUCUUCAAGCACACGUCCCUUUAUUUCUUUAUCCCUUCCUUCACACUGUGUCAAAAACUCGUCCAUUCGAGUAUCUCAGACUGACCAGUUUAGGUGUUAUUGGGGCCCUUGUUAAGACUGAUGAACAAGAAGUGAUUACCUUUCUUUUAACUACAGAGAUAAUACCCUUAUGUUUACGCAUCAUGGAAAAUGGGUCUGAACUAUCCAAGACUGUGGCAACAUUUAUAUUACAAAAGAUUUUAUUAGAUGACAGUGGCUUGAGUUACAUUUGUCAAACGUACGACAGGUUUUCUCAUGUAGCUAUGAUAUUAGGAAAAAUGGUCCUCUCUCUAGCCAAAGAUCCAUCAGCAAGGUUGUUAAAACAUGUGGUUCGUUGUUACUUACGUCUCUCAGAUAACCCUAGAGCCCGAGAAGCAUUAAGGCAAUGUCUUCCAGAUCAAUUACGGGAUGCAACAUUUACAGCAUGCCUUCAAGAAGACAAUUCCACAAAACAUUGGCUGGCACAGUUGAUUAAGAACUUGGAAGCCCAGCCACCGCCUGCCAGUCCAGCUCAACAGAAUAUGUGAGAUUUAAGUAUUCAUAGGUUUUCUCAUUACAAAGUUUUUAAGAUGUAGUUUCAGCAAUUUUUUACAAUGCUGUUGAAAGAGAAAACCUUAUGAACUUUAAUGAUUACUGGUAAUAAUCAAUCCAUAUAUUUAAUAAUGUUGUUGUGGGUUGAGAGUACAGAAAUUGUCACCAUACAAACUACUUACAAUUUUUUUUACAGUCGGAUAGAUAUAGCUAAAAUGUGCCUGAAUGUGUAAAUUCAAAAUAAUAAAUGUUGUAAUCUAUUAAUAUUGAAUAAAGUACAAUAUUCUUAUGACAAAUAACAAGUAUUUGCAUUGUUUUGCUAGAAUAUCUUAUUCAUUGACAUAACAAUCUAAUAUAUAAAAUUCUCGUGUUGUUGUGUUUGUUGCCAAACUUCUUUAAAACAUCUGAACCGAUUUUCAUGAAAUUUUGUGUGAAUAUUGGGUAGGUCUGAGAAUCGGCAAACAUCUAUUUUUAUACCCCUAAUGAUGGUAUAAAGGUGACCCACCCUAAAUAUUUUUUUUUAUUUUUUGACAAAAUUUUAUAUUUUUAUUUUAUUAUGAUUUGGCACUGAAAAAUACAACCCUAAAUUUUCACACUUGUACCACCAAUCACUAUUUUUCAAUAGCGUUUAGCGUCAAGACAAUGUUUGCCGGGUCAACUAGUAUAAUAGUAUAAAAUAAGCAAAUAAUAAAUAUGAAUUAGCUACAUUUUCCAAUCUGUGUAUAACUUUAUAAAUAUACACAAGAAAUAUACAAGAAGAACACUUACUUUGUAUGUAGUUGUGGAGUUGACUAUUAAUAAAAUAAUUCGUAUCGAAAUAUUAGUCUAUUAAUUAAUAUAUUAAGAUUAUAAAAAUGUUUGUAAUAAAAAAGUAUCUAUGUAUGAAAAGCAAUACUUAUAAGUUCAAUACAUUAUUAAAUAUGCAAACUUGUAUAAACAUUGAUUAGCAAUCAUGUUACCGUGGCAUGUUGUUCUAUUUCUAUGAUGCUAAAUGGCAAAUAAAUGGUGACAAUUACAAUGUAUUGAUGAUUGCAUAUUUAAUUCUAUGCUAAUUAAAGCCUAUAUCUAAGUUUAUAUAACACAUGUUCGUGAAUUGAUAGCCCAAUGUAAAUUCUAAAAUGUAUAAAAUAAAUUGAAUGUUAAAUAAAACUAUUUAGUGUCAGUAACAAUGUGUAACAAUUUUGUAUGUUUUUUUUUUACAAAAAAACUGAUAUUAUAACUUAGUAAUACAAUGUUAAAUAAUAAAUUGGCUAAGUUGUAGAAUACAAAUAUAAAAAUGUAAAUAUUUUAAGUCUGGACCUCUGGUCGGGUAAUUUGACAAAGCCCAGUACUUUGCACCUACAUAUCUUAUACUUGGAGGUUUUGAUAUUUGUGGCUUUUCUAUGAAAAUUUUAUAAUUUGUUUCAUUUGAAAGUGCCUGUUUCCUUCUUAAUUUAUAUGUCUCUUUACUAUCUUGUAUUUGUAUUGCAACUUCGGCCUUUAAUUUACUACAAUUUUGUUUGAGUAUUCCAUUUAAAUUAUCUAUAAAUUGAGUUCCACAGCUUACUGUUUCAACACAAUGUGUACAUGAUUUAUCUGAAAUAGAAGAAUUCUUUUUGCA